UGUUGUACAUAUCACCAUGACAGACCAGACGAAGCAGCCGGAUGUCUUAGAAAGUUUAAUGUUUAGAUUAGGGGAUUUUGGACCAUACCAAAAAUGGCAAUACCUUCUUCAGGUUUCAUCAGCAUUAUUAUCUGGGAUCCAGAUGUAUUCAUUGCUCACUGUAGCUGCAGUACCAGAACACAGAUGUGAGAUCCCAAACUUGGACGUGAACAAAACGAUGGCUUUCCUAAACUAUACUCACUUGGCCAAAUAUAUACCACUGAAAACUGACGGUGCAUUUGAGUCAUGUUAUAUGAUAGAUCCAACAACAAGUCUAACCAUUAAAUGCCACUCUUGGGUGUAUAAUACCACAUAUCACCCUUCUUCGAGAGCAAUAGAAUGGAAUUUCGUCUGUGAUAGAAGAUGGAUGGGAUCUGUUUCCCAGUCAAUAUUCAUGUUUGGAAUAUUAAUUGGCUGCAUAAUUCUCAAUAAUCUGGCAGAUAGAAUUGGAAGAAAACCCGUCUUCUGCUGGGCAGCGUCAAUUUGCUUUGUAUCAGGUGUUUGUGUAGCAUUCACCACGCAAUAUUAUCUGUUUUUAUUCCUGAGAUUUAUUUUGGGCAUGACAUCUGUACCUGGAACCACGACAGGUUUCGUAUUGACAAUGGAAUUAGUUGGUCCGAACAAACGCGCUGCAGUUGGUGUGGGAUAUCAAGCAGUUUUUGCUUGUGGGAUAAUAUUGGUUGCAUUCUGGGGAUAUAUAAUAAAAGACAGGCAAUUUCUGCAGAUUAGCUACGGCAUGCACGCAUUACCUUUGAUUUUACAUUGGUGGCUCUUGGACGAAUCACCAAGAUGGCUCUGGGUUAAAGGACGCUAUCAGGAAAGCCUAGAAAUCAUAGAAAAAGCAUUGAAGUUCAAUGGAAGUACAAAAAAAUUGAAAAUAGACAAAAUAAUUCCUAGGAGUGAAUCGGAAACUAAAAGAAAAGAUGCCAGUUUGUUGGAUUUAUUCAAAAUGCCGAUAAUGAGGAAAAGGAUACUCAUUGUUGGUUUUUGUUGGUUCAGUAAUUCUUUAGUGUAUUAUGGUUUAUCUCUUGGUAACGAGAGCAUGAAAGGAAAUCCAUUCAUGGUUAUCUUCCUGAUGGGAGCUUUAGAACUUCCAGGAUAUGUCGUAGUUAUAUUCUUCCUGAGUAAACUGGGAAGAAGAUUUUUGAUUGCUUUCAAUAUGAUCAUAAGUGGAUUUUGUUGUGUAUUAUCGGUCAGUUUGACAAUGGGUAGUAUUGCUUCGAAUGUCUUCGUAUAUUCGGGAAAAUGUCUCAUAGCUUGUUCCUAUUCCGUGAUAUACAUUCACUCGGCUGAACUAUUUCCUACCAUGACAAGAAACUCCGCUGUUGGUUUCGCAAGUAUGUGUGCCAGAAUUUCAGGAACCAUAACCCCUAUCAUCCUCCUACUAGAUUCUUUUGAUCCUAAAGUACCAUGCAUGAUUUUCGGGGUGAUAACGAUUUUUUCCGGUUACUUGACUUUAUACCUACCAGAGACACUUGGAACAAUCAUGCCGUCAACAAUAGAAGAAGGCGAAAAAUUUGGAAAUGGUGAUACAUGCUUCACUAACUGCCUGAGCCAGACCCGUGAAAGCAAGAAGAAAUCUAGUCCUAUUGUAAUUGAACAACUUGAACCUCUCAAUAUUACAUAAUAUUUAUGGUGAUCAUUUUUUUCAACGUAAUAUUUCCUUUUUGUACUCACAAUUACCACUGCAUGUUUCAUCUAGAAAUGAUGUUACUGC